AGCAGUAUGGCUUCAACUCCAGCUCGAGCUAUCACGGCGACGUUGCUCAUGUUCGCCUGCUGUGGAUUGGCCGUGACCGCGGACAAAGCUCCGAUCAAAUGGCUGAAGGCGCACGCGACGUUUUACGGCGGGGCUGACGCCGCUGGCACCAUGGGUGGAGCGUGCGGGUACGAUAACCUCUACGCGGAGGGGUACGGGACGCGGACAGCGGCGCUGAGCUCGGUGCUGUUCAAAGACGGCACCUCAUGCGGGCAGUGCUACAAAAUCGCGUGUGACCGCAAACGGGCAGACCCCGCGUUCUGCAAACCUGGAGUUACGGUAACGAUCACCGCGACAAACCUCUGCCCGCCUAACAAUGCGCUUCCCAACGACAACGGUGGAUGGUGCAACCUGCCGCGGGAACACUUCGACAUGGCCCAACCGGCCUGGCAAAAGAUCGGCGUCUAUGAGGGUGGCAUUAUCCCCGUCAUGUACCAGAGGGUACCAUGCGUGAGGAAGGGUGGGGUGCGGAUCCGGAUUGUUGGUCAUGAUUACUUCAACCUAGUUAUCUUGAUGAAUGUGGCGGCUGCUGGUUCAAUCAAGUCAAUGGAUAUCAAGAGCUCCGAUUCAAAUGAUUGGUUGCCAAUGUCCCGUAACUGGGGCGCGUACUGGCAGUGCGGAGGGUAUCUUACCGGGAAAAUGCUCUCGUUUAGAGUGAUCGAUACUGAUGGACAAACAAUCGUGUUCAACAAAAUUAUGCCGGUCGGAUGGAAGUUUGGGCAAACAUUCGCGAGCAAAUUACAGUUCAAGUAA